AGCGGCCAGCGAGGUUGGGAGGGGGGAGGGCGGGCCGAGAGAGGCCUGCGCGAGGCAGGCCGCGGCACGCCGGGACAAAGCUCUGGCGGCCUCCACGCGUCGCCAUGGCAGCGCUGGGUCUGUGCCCGACCGGAUAGGCCGGCCCGGCGCGCGCGGGGCCUUCUGGGAGCGCACGUCGCCGCCGCCCCUCCGCCGGUUUGAACUUGGCGGGCCCGAUGUGGGCUGCAGGGCGGUGGGGGGCGGAUUCGUCACCUUCCGACGCCCGGUCCUCUGCGGACUGCAGGUCCAGCUCUCGGCCCUCCUCCGGUUCCGUCUCCGUCCUCAUGGCGGGCGCCCGGGGGCAGGGACUGGAGCCGGUGACUGUGUGCUCGCCGUCGCCCCCGCUGAGCUGCAGCAAUUCCACCAUGUCGCUGUUGUCUCCCCUCGGCCACAAGAGCUUCCCGUUCGACUACGACGAUGGCGACGGGGAGGAUGAGGAAGACGUGGACGAAGGUGCUCAUGAUUCACAGGCUAAGAUGGCGAGCCUGAGAGGAGUGGAGUUACAGGGGUACGUCAGUGUGGUUGAGUCAGAAGAUCACCAAAAAGAACAAAAACAGGAGCGCCUACCAGAAAGCAGCCUGACGCCAUGGGAAGUGUGGUUUGUUGGCAAAGAAAGAGAAGAACGUGACCGUCUGCAGCAGAAAGCUCUGGAGGAAUUAAAUCAACAGCUAGAGAAAAGAAAAGAAAUGGAAGAACGUGAAAAAAGAAAGGUAAUUGCUGAAGAAAAGCACAAGGAAUGGGUUCAGAAAAAGAAUGAACAGAAAAGAAAAGAAAGGGAACAAAAAAUUAAUAAGGAAAUGGAGGAAAAAGCAGCAAAGGAAUUGGAGAAAGAACAUUUGCAAGAAAAGGCAAAAGAAAAAUACCAAGAAUGGUUAAAGAAGAAAAAUGCUGAAGAAUGUGAAAAGAAGAAGAAAGAAAAGGAAAAAGAAAAACAACGGCAAGCUGAAUUACAGGAAAAAAAGGAAAUAGCAGAGAAAAGGUUUAAAGAAUGGUUGGAAAAUGCAAAAAAUAAACCUCGUCCAGCUGCAAAGAGCUAUGGUUAUGCCAAUGGAAAACUUACAGUGGAAAUUCUUAUCCAGAGCCAGCCUUUUAUAAUCCAAUUCCAUGGAAACCCAUUCAUAUGCCUCCUUCCAAAGAAGCUAAGGACCUAUCAGGAAAGAAGACUAAAAGGCCUGUGAUAAGUCAGCCACACAGGUCAUCAUCCUCUCUGGUGGUUCAGAAAGCCAGAAGCAAUCUUUGCCUUGGAACUCUGUGCAGAAUACAAAGAUAGUGGAUGUGGGAAAUUGCAUGCUUUUACCUGAAGCUAUUUAAUUUUAAAAGUAGAAUCGUUUUUAUUCCUCAGUCAACAGCUCAGCAUUUGAUGUGAUUAUUGGCACUUUCCCAUUUUUGCAUUUGUAUAUGUUGUCCUUAGAGCUAAUUGAAGAUCCUUUAUACAUUUUCAUUUUUAUAAGCACUUCAAGGUUGAUCUUGGCAUUUUGUUUCCCAGGAUAAGUGACUGAAUAUCUAACAAUUGUGUUUAUAUUUAGCUUGUAUUAAAACUACAUUGUAAUGCCAAUAAAACUAACAUUUUGUGUUGUGUUCUUUCA